AAUUACGCGGUCACGCAAACAUGUCACCUGGCGGCGCUACACUCACUGCCCCUCAUUCGUCCAUUAUUUAUGCACACCUUAACUCCUGCUUACUUAGCCCACAAGAAAUUCAAGCGAGGGUACAUCUGUCAUUUCAUUUCCCUCACAUCAACAACCUCAUAAAGUCGUACUCGUCAUUCUCGACCAUUUCUGGUUCCUAUAAAUACCGCACUCUGCAAGCAACUUUCUUUCAUCCACGUUCCAUUAACCAUUCAGCAUUGGUUUGCUUUCAUACUAUAAUAUGAAGAGAAGCAGAGUUGAUGGAGUCGAUGAGGUUGAGGCCUUAGCCAUGGCCAACUGCUUGAUGCUCCUGUCUAGGGUGGGAAAAUCCGAAUCCACCAACCAGCUCCCGGGUCGUGUGUUCGAGUGCAAGACAUGUAACAGAAAAUUCCCUUCAUUUCAAGCGCUGGGCGGUCACAGAGCCAGCCACAAGAAGCCCAGGCUCAUGGGCGACGAACUGCAGCUUCCCACCUCGCCUGCGAAGCCCAAGACUCAUGAGUGCUCCAUUUGUGGGUUGGAGUUCGCGAUUGGGCAAGCGCUGGGCGGCCACAUGAGGAGGCACAGGUCUGAGAUCCAUAACCCUACGCCGGUGUCGGUUGUGAAGAAGACGAGUGACGAGAGAGUUUUGUCCUUGGAUUUGGACUUGAAUUUAACUCCCUGGGAAAAUGAUUUGAAGAUUCAGUUCCGGAAGGUGCCUCAUAUGGUGGAUUGUAUUUUGUAAUUUUUGGGCCAUGACUUAUAUUUAUUCGUUUGUAUUUAUGGAGACUGGUAGAUUCAUGAUUCUUUAUAGAGAUCUUGAUCUUUUGUAGAUAUAGAUUUUCGUAUUAGAGUGGUUCUUUAUCCACAUAUAUAUAUAUAUACAUGGAUUACUGAUAAA